AUGUCAAUUCCGAUCGAUACUUCUACAAUUGUCGAACUCAUAAAGUCCUGUCAAGGAAAAGCCAAAACAGUUAAAUCAAAUAGAAAAGCAUGUGCGGAUUUGGCAGAUGACCUUGGUAUGAUUCAUGGCAUAUUGACAAGUGUCGAAGAGUCUGCUUACAGUACUUUUUUCGCAACGAUACCCGUAGCGGAUGAAAAAGUAUUUGAUGAAGUAGCUAAAGAACAAGACGUGGAAUAUGAAGCAGAAGACACGGAAGAAAACGCAAAACUCUACGAACAAGAUCCGGAAGAUCUAGAAAACGCCCAAAAUGAAGAAGAGGAUGCCGAAUCUAACAAAGAAGAUGAAGGUUAA